GUGUAACGAAGGUGUCACGCGCUGGGAAGGAGCUUGCGCAAGCUUUUCUAAGGGGAAGUUACUCUCAAUUACUUCUCCAGCUCCACUAAUGGAAAGAGAUGUUUCAGACAAGGUUCUGUCUGAUGUUCACGUGUUCACACCUCACGAAACACUCCCCGAUACUGACGAGAGUGUGAACACGGUGACCAGAUUUAACUUCAGCCUUCCGCCAGAUGUUCAAAGAGAGUUGUCUCCAGGCAUCUCCUCCGAGAAAGACACCUCAAAUCCAGAUGAUGAUGGAGAACUUUUAUUUGAUGAAGAUGGUGAUGUUGUGGUUACUCGAAAACCAGUUACGGAAAACAAAUUGGUUAUCACAAUUGAACACAUGAUGGAGACCAAGCUGGAUGAUGUUGGACUUCAAGUUUGGCAGGGUUGUCUCCUGCUGUGUGACUUUGUCCUUCACCUUCACACAAAGUUCAAGGCCUCCAGGGUCGUUGAUCUUGGGGCAGGUGUUGGUCUGACAAGUAUAGUGGCAGGACUGUUUGCAGAGUCUGUACUGGUCACAGAUGUUGGUGAAAUGAUUUUGAGAACAUCAGAAAGUAACAUUGCCUUGAACAAACCACUGCUGGGUGAAGACUGCACAUUCCUAGUUAAGGAACUUAACUGGCUCAAGUUUUGUGGACCCAAAGACAGCUAUUCAGAUGCAAGAAGCAGCAGAUUUCAGAUGACAGAAGAUGACCACACAUUGCUGGACGGUGUCAGCCUCAUCCUGGCAGCUGAAGUAAUCUAUGAUCCAGACUUGACUGACGCUUUCUUUUCUACGGUAAAACAACUGAUGUCCAGACCACCGGCAAAGACUCUCUACAUGACCCUGGAGAAGAGACUGGUGUUCAGUCUAGCGGACCUGGAUGUUGUCAGUCCUGCGUACGAACAUUUCCAGGAGAAGAUGGAGGAACUGUUGGCUCUGUCUCUUGAUGGUGUCACAUUCCAUUGCUGUCAGGUCCCUUGUGACUUUCCCCAGUACUUCACAUAUGACCGACACAAACAUCUAGAGCUAUGGCAAAUAACAUCCAGUUUGUCUGACUGAAUCUUACAGCAGUGUGGGGCAAGUCACUGUGCAGAGAUGUCUCCACGUCAGGAUCCACUAAUAGGUUCGCAUCCAAGAAUGGCCCUGUCAGAACCAUACCCAU